AUGAAAGUGACCUCGAAAAGUUCCAAGUUUUCAGCCUCUACUGUGCAUUUGGAACAUAUAACGACUGCACUCAACUGCGUUACUCCUUUUGGCGGCAAAGCAUUUAUUUUAACUUAUAUUGACGCUGAUGGGCUUUCAUUUAUUGGAACUUAUAAUCGGGUAGUACGCAUUCAGCUUUUCCUCUCCAAAGAACUAUUUAUAUCGUAUACCUAUGAGAAUGACUCUUCAGAUCACACGAAAUUUUGCGUACGAAUUAACCAAGUUUUAGAUAGCGUUAAUGUCGCUAACCGGAAUAUCGAUGACAUUGUCGAAUGUACCCUAUCACAUAAUGGGGAAGGAUCCCCCUUUGUUUUAAUCUUUGAGGAUUCAUACAUUUCAGAAAGAGUAACGCACGAAACCUUUUUAGCCAAUGAGAUGGACAAUACUGGCUUUGAUCUUGAUCGUGAUCGAAUACGAUUUGAAUGUAUGAUUAAGGGCGAUAUUUUGCAUACAGCUCUGAAAGAUCUUAAAGAAAUCGGUGGUCAGGACGAAUGUUACCUGUACGCAGAACUGCGAGAGGGAGGCCAGAACAUAUUUGCUAUAAUAUCAAAAUCAAAGCUAGGUCUAUCUAAAAUUGUUUUACCGUCUGCGAAAACGAUUUUAGAAAAGUUAGAAGUAUUUGACGAGGACUUCACCACCCUUUGUUACGGUAAACCAGUCAUUGCAUUAUUUGAUUUCAAUCUGUUUGACAAGUUAAGGAUGAGUAUAAAAAUUUCGAGCAAGGUGUUACUGAGAUUAGAUGCACAUGGGGUUUUGAAUGUCAAUGUGCUAAGUCUCACAGAAGAUAUUCUAUUGUCUUCCAACAAGAGUAAAGCUACCAGCAGUAAUAGCAGACUCCAGUUACCCAAAGAUUAUCCUGGGAUUGUAAUAGAAUUGAGCUUAAUGGAAAAGGAAAUCACAGAUGAAAAUUCUAUGAGGGAUGUCGAGAUAUUUAUGGAAACAAAUGAGUUAGGCGAGCCAAUAAAACCAGUCAUCUAUAAAAAAAAGAUUGUCGGAUCAAUAUCAUCAGCGCCAACAAAUGCAGCAAUCUCCCGUGAACUAGGCAAGCUGAAUGGAACAGCUAAUGCACAAGAUGCUGAAAUUGAAGGAGAGCACGCAAUACAGGAAGAGGCUCCGUUCAUGAGCAAUGGCUUACCCAGAUUCUUUUGA